AUGAAAUUUAAACAGAAGAAAUCUUCUAAACAGACUCUGUCAGAUAAAAUAGCAGAUGCGCUAACCAUUAAACCUAGAGCGGAUAUUGAAGAUGAUGUUAUAUUUGGCACGAAACCGAAUACAGUUUCUCGUGCGGAUUAUUCCUCUGACAGCGAGGAUGAGGACGCUAUCAGCGAUUUUAGGAAGCGUAAUGUUAAUUUAUUAAGUGAGAUAAGUAAGAAGUACGAAGGUCAGGUAGUAUCCCGGAAAGAGUUAGACCGAAAUAGUUCAGAUGAAAGUGUUGACGAUGAGAGCGAUGAACAACAGUCCGAGCAAGAAAUAUCAAAGAAUCUUAAGGGAUUGAUGUCAGAUGACGAGGAAAGCGAAGCAAGCGAUGACAAUAUCAUCAAAAAUGACAAAACUAGGGAUGAAUCUGAUGAUAGUUCUUCAGAAGGCGAGAGUGAUGACUAUGAUAUAGUUAAAAGUAAAAACGAAGAUGAAAGCGACGAAGAUGGCUCGGAGGAAGAAGGAGGAUUUGAUAUCAGUCAAAUGGAGGAGCCCGUUAAAGAAGAAUUUGAGCAUGUCAAAAAGCAAAACAUUUCAGAAGAGGCUAAGAAAGGUAUGGCCGUCAGAAACCAGUUGUUAUUGUGGGAAGGUCUAUUGGAAAUGAGGAUACAUUUACAGAGAUGUAUGAACUCAGCAAACAGAAUGCCUAUGUCUGAUACAUAUAAAACUCUGAAAAACCAUUCUGAAUUUGUUGAGGAAUCUGCACCGGUGAUCAACAAUGUUGCUAAUGUUUUAGAAAAGUUUUUAAAUCUGCAAAGUCUGUUAUUAAAGCAAUAUCCCGAAACUAAGACAAUAUCAAAUAAGAAAAAUACAUCCGAGGUGCAGCAAAAGCAAGGAGAAGGAAGUGACGAAGAAAUACCUAGUGACACAGACAAUGAAGAAAUUCCUUCUGACACUGAAAGUGAAAAUGAUCAACCGCAGAUAAAAGAAGUCACAAAGAAAACAAAUGAAAAGAAACGAAAACUAGAAGAUUACGAAAGUGAUAUCGCAACAACCCAUAAAGCUUUUAAAUCAUACAGAGAUGCGACAAUCAAAAAAUGGAACGAAAAAACACGUCUAGCAACCGCAGCUAACAUUAAAAGUGCACCCUCAAAUACUAUACUACAACAGAUAUCAUAUAUAUUGUCGGACAGGGAUAAGCUUAUACGUCGAACACAAUUAAAGAGAUCAGAAUACGAUAUUAUCGGAUACAAAAAAGAUUCAACUCCCACUGAGAAUAGAGAUCAAAAUGGAAUGGAAAUAAAUCCAAUAACAAGAGAUAGGAAAGAUAAUGAUGAAUACAUUCCAGAAAUCUUCGAUGAUAGUGAUUUCUAUCAUCAGUUACUGAGAGAGUUAAUUGAGUGUAAGUCAGCGGAUAUAUCUGAUCCAGUACAACUCAGUCGUCAAUGGAUUGCUCUGCAGCAGAUGAGGAGCAAGAUGAAGAGGAAAGUUGAUACAAGGGCAACGAAGGGUAGGAAAAUUAAGUAUGUUGUACACAACAAGCUAGUCAGUUAUAUGGCACCCGAGAAAUCUAUUAAAUGGACCGAUGAAAGCACUAAUGAGUUAUACAAUUCACUGUUCGGUAAAAUGUUUGAGAGCAAUAAUGUUGGCACCAAUAUAAAUUUGGAUAAUGUAAAAUUGUUUAAUUAA